AGAAAAACGCAUGAGAACUUCACAGCCUCAAGAAGUCCAGUCGUGGGUGUUUUCAUCAUUGCGGCAGCUUGCUAGCGAGAAAUCCCUGGUCACUGUGAUAUCAAGACUGAGAAAGAGCCCGACCUUUCUCACAAUCCCCCGCGGAAGACGGUCCGUAUCCGACAACCAUCAUGGCUGGGCAGAAGAAGAGUAUCGUCGUCACAGGCGGCGCCAGCGGUAUAGGUCUUGGAAUCACUCGCUCUUUCGCCGAACAAGGCGCACACGUAUCUGUGUUGGAUGUCAAUGCCGAAGGCACAAAUAUUGUCAAAGCACUGUCUUCAGAGUUCUCCGACGCAAGCUUCUCAUUCCACAAGGUCGACAUAUCAAACUGGGACGAGCUUGCCGCAGCUUUUGAGCAGAUUCACCAAGACCAAGGCCGGAUCGAUGUCGUGAUGGCGAAUGCUGGGAUAUCGAAGGAAGGUCCACUCAUCGUGGACGAGGAAACGCCAUCAAAGCCCAACCUCCCGACCUUGGAGGUCAAUUUGAUUGGCACUAUUUACACCGUAAAACUGGCAAUCCAUUAUAUCAAGAAGAAUGCGCCCGUCAAUGGAGCGAUGCCGGCUUCGAGGGGAUCAAUCAUUUGCACAGCGUCCAAUGCCGGCUUAUAUCCAUUUCCAGUGGCCCCAAUCUAUGCAGCCUCCAAAUUUGGCGUGGUUGGCCUGGUUAGGUCGCUUGCACGACCUCUUGAGAAGCAAGCAAUCCAAAUCAAUGCGCUUGCUCCGGCGGUCCUAGAAACGAAUAUCGCGCCGAGCAAAGACCUUUUCAAGCCGAUGAUCAUGACCCCUAUGUCGACCUUGACGAGAGGAGUGCAACAGCUGGUGUCCGAUUCAUCGUUGACUGGCCAGAUCGCCGAGAUCCACGGCAACAAUGUAACCUUGGCCCAGCCGCCGCCUUAUGUGGAUGAGGAUACCGGCAAGAACAUUGAGACGUUCUGGUCGCUGGGAUAUGCGUAAGGAUAGCGGACUGAUGCCAGCCAAAUAAAAUCUUUG